GUCACGCUACACUCUACUCGACAUACACACAGGUUCAUAGAGAUCGUCUUCAAGCAGUAUAUCACAUCGCGUUUGUUUUCCCGAUCCAUACCACAUCAUCAUCACCAGGAAAACGAUGGCUGCUUUGCUCUUGAUCCUAGUUUUAGCCUUGAGUUCAGCCAGCAUCAAGGUAACAGCCACCUGCUACGGCUAUCCUCUCGUCUACAACUUUUACGACAUGCUGGCCCAGUCAGCCUGUGCUGCUAAAUAUUCAGGUAAUGCCAGAGUCUGGGCCUUGCGGCGAUCAGACCCGAUUACCAGGAAGAGUUGUAAUCAAAUCUGUGCUGAAAAAUCACUGUCGUGUUUCCAGGUGUACUAUGUGUACAAGAAUCCUCCAAUCCUGGCUGAAAACUCUAACUCAAACAGUCAGUCUGAUGAAGGUGUCCCUGGCCUAAGCAUGUACGCGUAUACAAACGGUUGUGGAAACUCUGGUGGUGGACCCAAUUACUGCUGCUGUUUUGGACCAGAAAACGCUCUGGGGAAGUAGAUCACGCUGUUUUAACAAAGUAUGUAAUCUUGUGAACAAUUUGCAAAAUAAACAAAUCUUUCUGAAAGUUGAAAUUUUCGACAGAGGAAUCACAAGUUUGACAUAUUUAAAUAAUCAGUGAGCGUAUUAAUUAAUCUACGAAUAACACGGAAAUCAGUUUCAUGCGGAUAAUUGCUCGUGAUUGUAAGGGCAUACAUUCCAGUUGUAGAGAAAGAGUACAGCAAUACAUUUUAAAUUCAACACUCCCUAUGUCGUCUUGAUUUAUUAUUUACUUUUAGAUACGGAAAAAUUUUUAUCCAAGUUUAGUUCAACCAUACACACCAUAGGUAAGUUCAUUGCCAAUGAUGACGUCAUCAGAUUUGAUGCACUUAUGGAAAAAGCAGCUUGCAUACUUCCAACACCCAACGGCGACCCUGAAAGAACAAAGCCGGAAACAAGCGGUUUAAAGAUGCC